AUGGAAUAUAAAUUAAUGUUAUUUGCACUUUAUAAAUCCAUUGAAAUUCAAGAGGUUCCACGUGGAAUAUACCAUUUCAGUGACACAGAUCGAGACAUUGAGACGAGUUUUAAGAUUCCAGAUUUUGAAGCAAUGGAUCCUAUUAAAGUUGCUUCUGAUUUGAUGUCUUCAGCAAUGAAAGUGGAUACAAAGAGGAAGACGUUGGCGGGAAUUCAAAUGCCAUUUUCAUUGACUGGAAGGCCAAUGAGUUUACAGAUCAAUGGUGAAUCUCAUGACGCCGUCAGUCUUGUGGACAAUCCAAAAAAGAAGAAUGAAGAUAAAAAACCAGAAGUGAGAAGAUCUGAUAUGACGCCAGAAUCACGGAAGGCGUUCCUCCGAGCACGUCAAGUGUGUUUAGAGCAAUCAGCAGACUCUUGUGAUCAAGCAUUAGAUACGUUUCAUCGGGUUAGAUACGGGAAAUCAUUGUUAGUCGAAGACGAAGAAAAUGGAGAAAAUGAACAGUACCGGAGUAUUAUUGAGAGGAGACUCAAGGAGGAAGAGAAGGUAUCACCCUCCACUUCACAUUCGACUUCUGAAGAAUCCACGUCAUCCAAUUUUGACCCUUUUACGAAAUCUGAAUCUCAUGAGGAUUUAGAAGAAGAAAAAGAAGAAGAAGAAGAAGAGGACGAAGAAGAAGCAUCCGAAAGUACAACAACUCAAAAAUCUCCAUCUUCAAAUCAUCGGUUUUCUCAUAUAACACUACCAAAAUAUCAUGACAAAGCGAAUAGUUUUCUGAGAGAUAUCAACUAG